GCAGUGCUCUCCCUCCCAUGUUGACCACCUAGAAGGACUCUUCCAGAACCCCCCUGGAGGUGAUGGGCUCAGCACCCGACCUCUCCCAGCUCCGGAGCCUGUUUGCCGCCUGUGACGUGAAUGGCUCCGGAUUGGUGGAGUUGGAGGACUUUGGGACGGUGUGCCGGGAUCUGGGGGUGCAGCCCAGCCUGGUCCGGCCGCUGUUCCGCAGGCUGGAUGUGGAUCGGGACGGGAUCAUCGACUUCCAGGACUUUGCCGCCCGCUUUGAGGAGGUCUCCGAAGCUCUCAACCUAUCAGCUUUCCCAUCCGCCGAGCCGCCCCCCGCCUGGGAGGAGCUGGAGAGGAGGCUGGGGGGAGAGACUCAGCACCUGGCCAGUGAUACCAGAGAACAACUGUGGGACUUCUACCAGGAAAUCCAGGGGGUCCCGGUGCCCGGGCUGCUUCGCCAAUAUGAAAAGCUGAUAGAAAACAUGUCCUAUGAUUUCCGCACUCAGCGACUGAACACUGAAAAACUCGAAUCUGUCCUCAAAAGGACUGAGGAGACGACAGCCAUGCAAAUGGCAGAACUUGAAGACGAUUUACAGCACCAUAUGGCUAAAGUUGAAAAUCAAAUGCGUGGACAGGAACAGCAAAGACUUGAAGUUGCUAUUCAGGAGUUACAAAGGAAGCAUGAAACCGAAACGUCAGACCUGCAGGCCAGGAUUGACCGGAUGGCAAAGACCAAAGAUGAGAAGAAGGCUCAAGAAACUAAAGAAGAAAGUGCGAAGCUGAAAACCCAAAUCUUUGACCUUUCCCAGGAGAAUGAGCUCUUGAAGAUGAACCUACUAGAAACGCAAACCAGCAUCUCCCUUCUACAGACUGAAUUGGACAGGUUGAAGAACGACUUUUCUGAUCAGCAGGAGCACCAUGAAAGGGAGAAGGAUCUGCUGAAAACAAUGAUAGAUGAAAGCAGAGGAUACACUAGCCAAAUUCAGAUACUAAACGAGGCCAACAAGUCCCUGUAUGACAGUAAUGACUGCAUGCGGUCAGCUUUAUCAAACCUUGAAAAUGAGCGCAGACGGCAUUCCUCUCCAAACCCACAAAAAGAACCACCUGUGAUUACCUACAGCAGCUAUGGAGGAGACGACGACCCAUAUCACAGAUUUUCUGAUGUAGCCUCAUGGGCCAAUAAAUGUAGGGACAGCGGAGUAUCCCUUCCUCGCAGUCUUGGAUAUAGCGAUGCGGAUAGCUACGGCAGUGACAUUGGAAGUGACCAAAGUCAGAGCUCUGAGGAGGCCUGGGAAGGAAGUGCCUCCUGUGUGAUCUCAGAAGUGGAGACUGUAGAAGCCAGAUCAGAAAUGGAUGGAAGAACUAAGUGGACCCCAUCUCGGCCUCUAAGCCGCAAUGGUUCUACCGCCUCUUCAAAAAGGCGACUUCCCGCGUUUACACCCAAAAAAGAAGGUCUGACAUUAGAAGAUGGUUCUCAAUCCCCAAGUCCCAUUUAUCGUCUCGUUCUGGCUGGGGACGCAGGUUCUGGCAAAUCCAGUUUCCUUUUAAGACUGUGUCUAAAUGAGUUCAGAGGAGACAUUCCCACCACGUUAGGAGUCGACUUUCAAAUGAAGAAACUUCUAGUGGAUGGGCAGUAUACAAUGCUGCAGAUCUGGGACACAGCUGGCCAGGAAAGGUUCCGCAGUAUAGCGAAGUCUUACUUCCGGAAAGCACACGGGGUGCUGCUGAUGUAUGACGUCACAUCAGAAAUGAGUUUCCUCAAUGUGCGUCAGUGGAUCGAUGAGAUCAAGAAUUCCUGUGACAAGUCGAUCCCUAUGAUGCUGAUUGGCAAUAAGACUGACCUGAGGAUAGAAGGUAAUGAAUCGAGGGUAAUCCACACCUCCAUGGGGGAGAAGCUAGCGAUGGCCUAUGGCUCCCUCUUCUGUGAGACGAGUGCAAGGGAUGGAACCAAUGUAGUGGAAGCCGUUCUCCAUCUGGCCAGAGAAGUGAAGAAAUCGGUGGAUCCUGUGGAAAAAAACACGGAAGCGGUGACUAAACUCAGUAUUCCAGACAAGAAAUCUAGUUGCUGCAAGAUCUGAAUAUUUCAUUCCAAGACAUAGAAACAUGAAGGAACAUAUCACUGUGAUGGUUUGCACAGCACUAUUCCCUAAUUUAAGGUUUUUAAGCUUUUAAACAUGAACAAAACCACUCUUUGUCAAGAAGGAAAAUAAAUGAACUCUCAGACGAACAAAGACUUUUUUUAUGCAUUGCUAUACAUCUUCAUUGGACAUCCAGUAGACACUUUCAAGCCGUUAUAAUCGUACAGUUCAGAGUGCAUUGAUCAUGGGGGUAGCAUAAAGGGUUGCAGGGGUCACAAUGGCAACCCUGCCCCUAGCUCCAGGGGGCCCCUGCAGCCUCCCUGUCAUAUUAUCAUAUCCUCCACCAAGUCCAGCUCUGAUUUGCCCUAGGGCCCCACAGCCACGCUCCGGUACUGGGCUUCCACUUUGCUUUUCACAGUCCGCACCUCUCUGUUCUCAUUGGCUGGGGAAAAGCUGUGAGCCAUUUCCUGAAUGGAGGGAAGCACGAGGUGAGAACAGCCCAGGAUGGGGGAUGGUAGCGGGGGGCCAGGUCAACUUUUGCAUCGGGGGCCCACAAUCUUCAAGCUAUGCCCCUGGCAUUGAUGGUGUGCAUAGUGCAGUCACCCACAAAGAGCAAUCAGAUUUUAGUUUACUAAAGUCAGAUAAGCGAUAAAAAUAAAGGUUGUUUUGAGCAGCA